UGGCAUCGAUGUUUAUCCAUCUCUAAUGUCAUGAACACUUACGGCUCUCACGAGGACCUGGCACAAAAGGGUCACUUCUACGGCGUCUAUUUGCUGUGCAGCCAGAGUCUGGAGCAACGCUAUCAUGGCAAAUGCUAUGUGGGUUUCACCGUCAAUCCCAAGCGACGCAUCCGUCAGCAUAAUCGUGGCUGUGACUUUGGCGGCGCACGCAAAACUAGCAAAAAGGGUCCCUGGCAGAUGGUGAUGAUUGUGCAUGGUUUUCCCAACAACAUUGCGGCAUUGCAAUUCGAAUGGGCGUGGCAACAGCCCACACUAUCGACACGCCUCAAAAUCUUUCCGGAGUUGAAACGCAAGCAGUCCAAGGAGUCGCAUUUUGAGUACAAUUUUCGUAUACUCAAUCGCAUGCUUAACGUGGGUCCUUGGCAUCGUUUGCCGCUCACUGUGCGCUGGCUGGAAACGGAUUAUGAGCGCAGCUUUCCCAUUGAGCUGCCGCAACACAUGAGCAUUGUCAGUGGCAAAGUGGCCAUAACAGCAUCGCAGCGAAAGCAACACUUAAAUUGCCCGGCGACAACAACAAUUUGGGCACCUGAAUGUCAUCUGUGUAUGGAACGCAUUGAGCAGCCGGAACGUUCGCGUCUGGGUUGCUUGAAUGCCAGUUGCCGGUUGACUUGUCAUAUGCUGUGCUUAGCCAACUAUUUGCUGGGUGAUCAGCCGGGUCAAUACAUUCCCAUUGGCGGCGAGUGUCCGUUGUGCGAGACGCACCUCAUCUGGGCAACGUUGCUGCAACGCAAGCGUCUAGGAUUGGGAGGUGGUGAGGCCCAGGAUCAAGAGGACUCUGCUGAUGAGUUGAGCGAUGUGCCCGAUGUGGACAGCGAUGUGGAGUUAAGUGAUUAA